CAACCCACCGCCCUCUGUUAGCUGCAGUGCCCCGGCUAGUCAUACGUACAUUCACUGUGUUAUUACACUUAUUUUAUUUAAAGCGGAUUUCAUUACUGUGUUUUACUGUGAGUUUGGCCAAGAAAACAAAAACAAGACUCGGAUUCGACCUGGAUGUACGACACGUCGAUCUCGGUCACUUUGUCGGUAUAAAAUUAGUUUUGGCCCUGUGCUUGUUUGUGCUCCAGCAGCUAGCCGUGUAAUCCAGUGUUUGCUGCGAGAGCGCCUGGAACUGAGGGCUUCCCAAGGCAGCACUCGUCGAUCCUAUUCACAAUAUCACGAUGGACAAAGCGGAUUUCCUGAAAGGUCUUCCAGUCUACAACAAGACCAACUUCAGUAGAUUCCACGCAGACUCAGUGUGCAAAGCAUCGAACAGAAGACCAUCAGUUUAUCUACCAACACGAGAAUAUCCAUCAGAGCAGAUUAUUGUCACAGAGAAAACAAAUAUUCUUCUGCGCUACCUUCACCAACAGUGGGACAAAAAGAAUGCAGCCAAGAAGCGGGAACGGGAGCAAGAGCAGGGUGAAGGAGGGAGUCCUGCACCUUCACGCAAAAUUGCGCGGACCGACAGUCAGGAAAUGAACGAAGACUCCUAAACUGGAUUGUUACCCAAUAGCACAGGGACAGGCACAAAUAAAUAAAUAAAAAAAAGAAAGAAAGAGAGCCUUUUCAGAAUAAUACAUGGUCUACAUUUCUUGUAGACACCUGCACACGAGACUGGCUUUAAAAUGAAAGAGAAAAGUGAGACCUUUUUAUGUUGGGGUUUUUUUUUUUUUUUUUUUUUUUAAUUGAGCGCUUCCUGUCAAACUGUCCCAUUGUGCAUCCUUGCAGCCUGGUGAUAAACACUUGGGGUCACUGUUAGCUUCCACUGCCAGAAUCUGUGGACUUGGUGCACUGACGUUUGCUCAGGUAGAGUAAGGAGACUUGAUUGCUGGCCCUAAGAUACACUUCAAAACGCAGGAAUUUAUCAAUGUGUGGCAAACUUAGAAGGCAUCACACAGUGUUGUGUGUGUGUGUGUGUGUGUGCAAAUUUUAAACCCCAGUUUAAGUCAUUCCCAUUAGCUCAGCUGUGAAUUUCUUUUUGUGCCGAGAGGCACGUCAGUUCAUAGACACGUGGUAAUUAAAACCUUUUGUUUGGACAAAUUUAGACGUAGGAGUAUUGAUAGAAGUGGUAUCUUCCAAGCUUGUGCCUAAUUGUGCAUGAAUGCACUGUUAAGCUUUUGAUCUUUCGUAUUGAUCAUGUCUUGGACACCGUUUCAGUGGAACUGUCUUGAUUAUUUUAAAUUACUCACCAAAUAUUCAAUCAAAUUUGGGUCUUCUCUUGAAGCUGUAAAUGAUGUUGAGGAAAAUGAGUAACGCUGUCCAUCUUUUUUGGCUCUUUGCACAUUCUAAGGCAGUUGGAUUUUCACUGAAAAUAUGAUUUCAAACCCUGUGUGUGACCAGUUCGGGUAUUCUGGUGUUCCCCUGCACAUGAUUGUUAUACUUCAAAAAUGGCAAAUCUAGUUUGUUAUAUACUGUAUGGACAAAAGUUUGUGGACACCUGACAAUAAGAUUUGUAUAGUAAAGAGGUCUGGGGUGCAUUCCGCUUUACAAUUUAUCCCAAAGUUGUUCAGUUGGGCUGAGGUCAGUAUUCUAUAGCAGCCCAUUCAAGAUCGUCCACUCCAAACACUCAACCAUAUAUUCAUGGAACUCACAUUGUGUACAGGGAUAUUGUCAUGCUGGAACAGGUUUGGGGCUCUUGGAUCACGUAAAGGAAAAACUUAAUGCUACCUCAUCCUUAGACAGCUUAUACAUUUGCAUGCCUCCAACAUUGUGGUAUCAAUUUGGGGAAGAACCACGUAUAACUGGAGAAAUCAGGUGUCCCAAUACUUUUGUCAAUAUAGUCUAUGUUGGCGUUCAGUGCCAUGCUUUGGUUCUACGCUUGGCCUUCAAGCACUAAUCAGAGCUACACUACUAUCUUUUAUUUGCUCGAGUAAACAUGAAUGGGAUAAAAAUGUUUCAAUCAGAUAUGUUUGUGAUACAGCAACAGGUAACAUCUGUUUAAAUCGUUUUCUGCAUGUGGCCCUCUUGUUUUUAAUUAAAAUCUAUCCUGUUCAUGGUGUUUACACCAAUGACUAAACGCAAUGUGAAGAAAGGCUAAGGUGUCAGUAGUUUGUCUUUAAGUAUUCCUUUUCCCCCUUCACUGCAAAGUUUUGUUGUGUGUUUGUUGUAUUAUUAAAAUUUUGCAAUGCAGAA